ACUCCAAGCUUGACCGGUCUCACCUCGACCGACGCGGGGCUUUAUAACAUCCUUCAUCCUCUUCGGCGUAUCCAUCCUACAUUCUUGUCGCCAUGUCUUCCUUUACCCAGAAAAUUGCUGACUUUGCCGGUACUUCUGCAAAGUCCAAGGUCCUCUCUCAGAGCGACAAUGAUGUAGUCAUCGUCGUUGCAGUUCGUUCUGCAAUUACAAAGGGCAAAAAGGGCGGUUUCAAGGAUACCAGACCAGAGGAGAUACUGUCCGCGGUCCUUCGUGCUGCCUACACAAAGGCUGGACUCGACCCUAAGCUCAUUGAGGACGUGGCUGUCGGGAACGUGCUUCCCCCGGGCGGUGGUGCUUCAGCCGCGCGUAUGGCAGCGCUCGCUGCUGGAAUUCCCAACACCACUGCUGUCAAUACCGUCAACCGUCAAUGCUCCUCAGGCCUUACUGCUGUAAACCAGAUUGCGAGUGAGAUUGCCCUAGGUCAGAUUGACAUCGGUAUCGGUGCUGGCGUCGAGUCUAUGACCUUUGGUUUUGGCGCUGGUGCGCAGCCAGAUGGCUUCUCCGAGAAGGUGCUCUCUUGUCAAGAAGCCGAGGACUGUCUUAUUCCUAUGGGUAUCACUUCCGAGAACGUCGCGAAGGAGUUUGGCAUUUCUCGCCAGGUUCAAGAUGAGUUCUCCGCAAAGUCGUUCCAGAAAGCCGCUGCUGCUCAGAAGGCUGGCAAGUUCAAGGACGAAAUCGUCCCUAUCACCGUCAAGUGGACAGACCCGAAGACGGAGAAGGAGAUCGAAUUGACCGUUAAUGCCGAUGAUGGCAUUCGUGACGGCGUCACUGCCGAAUCGUUGGGCAAGCUUAAGCCGGCUUUUUCAAAAGACGGUACCACUCAUGCCGGCAACGCUUCCCAAGUUUCCGAUGGCGCGGCAGCGGUCGUUCUCACUCGUCGUUCAGUCGCCAAGCGCCUUGGUCUCCCCAUCGUCGGCAAGUUCGUCACCGCAGCCGUCGUUGGCGUCCCUCCAAGGAUCAUGGGUGUCGGUCCUGCAUACGCUAUCCCUAAAGUCCUCGAGAAGACUGGCUUGUCUAAAGACGAAGUUGACUUCUACGAGAUCAACGAAGCUUUCGCCAGCCAAUCGGUUUACUCCAUCCAGACCAUCGGCAUUCCGUUCGAGAAAGUUAACGUAAACGGUGGUGCGAUCGCUAUUGGCCACCCAUUGGGUUGCACUGGUGCGAGACAAGUUGCCACUGGUUUGAAUAUCGCGAAGCAGACUGGUGGCAAGAUCUUCUGCACAAGUAUGUGUAUUGGUUCUGGCAUGGGCAUGGCUGCGAUAUUCGUUAGUGAGCAGUAAUUGUAACGGUUGGCUUCGUGUACUCGCUUUGGAAGGAUGUAUUCUUGACUUCAGAUUGUAGCCUCAUUAGUCGCGAUUCCAUUUAGUUAAGAAUGACGAUUUCUCUCGGGUGUAUAGUCUAUAUAUUGCCCUAGGUUCCAACUGUACUGUAUACCCUUGGUGUUGCAGAUGCCUCUCUGAACAGUUUCGCUGUCAGAAUAUGGCGGUUCCUCCGCAUAGCCGCCACAUUCUACAAACUCAGUAGAGAUGUAAUAGGUCAAACGAAAACUUGUAUUCGAAUUUACUGCUGACACUAG